UGGGGUAGGCGUCGUUUUUGGCUUAUAAAUUGGGUGGGAGCAACGGUUUCGUUUUUACUCGAUACUCCUCUCUUUGAUUUUUCACGUGUCCUUCCCCCUUGGCUCUCUCUCUCUCUCUCUCUCUCUCUCUCUCUCUCUCUCUCUCUCUGUCGCCGUUUCAGUUUCCUGGUUUUGUUUUUCAGCGUAAACCAUUUUCAGGGCCCAUUUUCUUAUUCAUUAAGCUUCUCUUUUCGUGACGGUGCUCUGUGCUUCUAUAUAAACCCAACACCACACUCUGUUCGGGGCACAACACACAAGAGAGACAGAGGGGUUUUCGGGAUUGUGAGGAUUAUCAGAUAGACAAGAAAUGGAGGGAAAUAAGCCAACUGACUCGUCUUCCACCUUCACUUCUGAACCGUUUGGUUCCAAAGACUCAUCCACCUCUUCAUCUGGGAUUUUCGGGGCCAUUUUCGCGCCUCCCAUGAACUCACCUAAGGUGCUAAGCAGGGAAUCUCUGCGUUCUGAGCUUACUAAGAAAAAAGUCAUUGAUCAGCCGAUGAACUUCAACUCAGCACAGUCAGGUGAUUACUCUAAUGGAAAAGGUGAGGGUCAGAGCAAACAGAACAAGGACAUGAGUUCCUACUAUCAUGAUCAGAGAGUGCAACAACCAUGUCAUCUCAGUUCAUCAAUCUACUAUGGUGGGCAAGACAUCUAUCAUCAUCCCCAGAAUAGCCAGGACUCUGGAAGUAAUUCAUCGUACAAGAAAGAUUGGACCGACGACGAUGGCACUGCUUGCAGAGGAAACUGGUGGCAAGGGUCUCUCUAUUAUUAAGGAGUCUAUCACCAUCCUCAUCCAGGCAUAAUAGGAAAUAGAGUAGUAGCAGCAAAAGAUCGUUGUCGAAGCUGGUUUCUGAUCUUUUGCUCCGGCCACACAGCGAUCCGUAUGAAAUCACAGUUUAUAACUAUACAUAUGUAUGCAUCUUUUUUAGGGUCAAUGUAAAGAAGGAUGUAGUAUUCUCCCUCCUUCCCUUUCUCUGUCUCUAAAUGUAAAAUGUUCCGUUUAGUAUCCUCCAUUUCUCAUCAACUACUACAUCAGUAUCAUGUACUGUAGUUGGAGGGAUCUGGAUAUGUAGUAACUACAGUUUAUGCUCAUCUAUGUACUGUUGAACUUCUAAUGUCAUUAUGUCAAGGCUUGGAUGAAUGGUUUUCAUCUUUCUUCA